AUGUCUAUAAAUAUCUAUACAGGAAAUCUGGCUGAAAUGAUGACAGAUUAUGACAAGGCUAUGAAUUGUUACGAAUCUGCUCUUCGGCACAACCCAUACUCAAUUGCUGCUCUUACACAGAUCGCGUCUCUCUGCAGAAGUCGUGAACAUUUUGCUAGGGCUGUAGAAUACUUUAAACGAAUCUUGGCUAUCCAAGAGAGCAAUGGAGAGACCUGGGCUGCUAUUGGUCAUUGUUACUUGAUGAUGGAUAAUCUUCAGGAAGCAUAUCAAGCCUACCAACAAGCGCUAUAUCAUCUCUCAAAUCCAAAGGACCCUAAAUUGUGGUAUGGAAUCGGAAUACUCUAUGAUCGUUACGGCUCGCUUGAACAUGCAGAAGAGGCAUUUUCUGCGGUAAUGAAAAUGGAUCCCAAAUUUGAAAAGGCCAAUGAAAUCUACUUUCGGCUUGGUAUUAUAUACAAGCAGCAGCAAAAGUUUGAUCUUAGUCUACAGUGCUUCAGAUACAUCCUUCACUCUCCUCCUAAACCAUUGACCGAAUCAGACAUUUGGUUCCAAACUGGUCAUGUACACGAACAACAAAAAGAUUAUGAAUUGGCAAAAGGAGAUUAUGAACGCGUGUUGUCAGAAAACCCUGAUCACGCCAAAGUACUCCAGCAACUCGGCUGGCUCUAUCAUCAGCAAAACACAUCGUUUUGCGAUCAAUCUCUAGCUAUCCAAUACCUCACCCACUCUCUCAAAUCAGACUCAAAUGACGCCCAAUCCUGGUACCUCUUGGGAAGAUGCUACAUGGCCGAACAAAACUACAACAAAGCGUACGAAGCAUACCAGCAAGCAGUCUAUCGCGACGCACGCAAUCCAACCUUCUGGUGCUCAAUAGGUGUAUUAUAUUAUCAAAUCAACCAAUAUCGGGAUGCAUUGGAUGCUUACAGUAGAGCCAUCAGACUAAACCCUUACAUUAGUGAGGUUUGGUAUGAUCUUGGAACUCUUUAUGAGUCUUGUAACAAUCAGAUCCAGGACGCCCUGGAUGCCUAUCAAAGAGCCGCCGAAUUAGACCCAAACAAUCCUCACAUCAAACAACGUCUUGAACUCUUACGCAAAUCCCAGACUGUCCACACACCACAGGGUGCACCCCCACCACCACCUCAGGACCAACAAGCGCAGCUACAACAACAAGCAAAAGCACAAGCACAAGCUCAGCAGCAGCAGCAACAACAACAACAACAACAAGCUGUAGCAGCACAUCAGCAAACAGUACAUAAAAUUCAACAACCGUCCCCACAACUGCAACCACAGCAGCAACCACCACAGAAGCCACAUCAGCAACCGCAACCGCAGCCCCAACCGCUGUACCAACCACUGUCACAACCACUGCUCCGACCACUGCCACAACCACUGCACCAGCCACCGUUCCAGACACUGUUCCAGCCACUGUUCCAGCCACCGUUCCAAGUACUGCUCCAAGUACUGAUCCAACAGUUGUUCCAACUGCUGCACCAAGCACAACACCGAUCGCCAAACCAAGCCCUGCAUCAAGCCCUGUUGCUGGUAGAGAUACCGCACGUCGCGAUAGUGUCGGAUUGGAGGCAGGUGAGGUUGUGUCUUCUGCGUCACCAUCACCACCAGCGUCUACAAAACCUACAGAAGAUAAUUUGUCGACCGAAGAAUCAUCGAGUAUUAAAAAGGAAGGCGAUGGACAGAAGCCAGACGAAAAGAAGACUUGUCCCUCUUCUCCUUCUUCUUCUCCUUCUUCUCCCUCGCCUAUUCCUUUGGCUUCUGUUGAUCACAAUACAGCGGCAACAACAUAAAAAGGGUCUUUAUUUUUUUUAAAAAAAAAAUCUCUAUCUAUCUUUACUUC